UAUUCUUCCGACAGUGAAGAGGACAGCGAGUGGGAGAAGCUGCAAGAGAGAGGAAAGCAGCAUGUGUUGGGCAAGGCGGCCAGAAGGCGCUUCGAAGCCAUGCUGAGGUCCAUGACCCUCCGUCGCGAGCGCAUUGCCCGAGCAAUGGCCUUUGCAAUUGAGCACGCAUCAGCAGCUGUUACCAUCUCAGACAUCCUAAUCGAUUCGCUGAUGCAACCAGGGACGCCAUUGGCGCGCAAGCAGGCCCGUCUCUACAUUGUCUCCGACAUCCUUCACAACAGUGCCGCCACGGCGUCUCACGCCUGGCGCUAUCGUUCCCUCUUCGAGACGCGCAUGGCCAGGGUGUUCGCGCAUCUGGGUGAUGUAGCGAGAAGCUUCUCGGGCCGCAUCAAGCGCGAGACGUCCAAGGACUGGGCAAGGACCUUACUGGCCGUUUGGGAGUCGUGGCUCGUUUUUCCUCAG